CCUUCCUCUCCGUUCGGCCAUUUUGUCCCAGUCAGUCCCAAGGCUGCGGCUGCAGAGGAGCUGCUUGCGGAUAAACUGCAAAGAUGCUGUCCGUGCGCGUCGCUGCGGCCGUGGCCCGCGCCCUCCCUCGGCGGGCGGGGCUGGUCUCCAGAAAUGCUUUGGGUUCAUCUUUCAUUGCUGCAAGGAACCUCCAUGCCUCUCAUACUCAUCUUCAGAAGACUGGCGCUGCUGAGAUGUCUUCUAUUCUUGAAGAGCGUAUUCUUGGGGCUGAUACCUCUGUUGACCUUGAAGAGACUGGGCGUGUCUUAAGCAUUGGUGAUGGUAUUGCCCGUGUACAUGGGCUGCGGAAUGUUCAAGCAGAAGAAAUGGUAGAAUUCUUCGGCUUAAAGGGUAUUUCUCUGAACUUGGAACCUGACAAUGUUGGUGUUGUCGUGUUUGGCAAUGAUAAACUAAUUAGGAAGGAGAUAUUUGUGAAGAGGACAGGAGCCAUUGUGGAUGUUCCAGGUGAGGAGCUGUUGGGUCGUGUAGUAGAUCCCUGGUAAUGCAUUGAUGGAAAGGGUCCAGUUGGUUCUAACCGUAGGCGAGUUGGCCUGAAAGCCCCUGGAAUCAUUCCUCGAAUCUCUGUGCGGGAACCAAUGCAGACUGGCAUUAAGGCUGUGGAUAGCUUGGUGCCAAUUGGUCGUGGUCAGCGUGAGCUGAUCAUUGGUGACAGACAGACUGGUAAAGACCCAAGCAUUAAAAUCUUCAAUUCUAUUGACACAAUCAUUAACCAGAAACGAUUCAAUGAUGGAACUGAUGAAAAGAAGAAGCUGUACUUCUAUGUUGCAUUGUCAAAGAGGUCCACCGUUGCUCAGUUGGUGAAGAGACUUACAGAUGCAGAUGCCAUGAAGUACAAUGUGGUGUCAGCUACAGCUUCUGAUGCUGCCCCACUUCAGUACCGUCCUUACUCUGGCUGUUCCAUGGGAGAGUAUUUAGAGAUAAUCAAACAUGCUUUGAUCAUCUAUGACGACUUAUCCAAACAGAAUUUAACAACCCUUUUCUGUACCAUAGCUGUUGCUUACCGCCAGAUGUCUCUGUUGCUCCCGACCCCUGGUCGUGAGGCCUAUCCUGGGGUGUUCUACCUGCACUCCCGGUUGCUGGAGAGAGCAGCCAAGAUGAACGAUGCUUUUGGUGUGGCUUCCUUGAGCUUACCAGUCAUAGAAACACAGGCUGGUGAUGUGUCUGCUAACAUUCCAACAAAUGUCAUUUCCAUCACAGAUGGACAGAUCUUCUUGGAAACAGAAUUGUUCUACAAGGGUAUCCGUCCUGCCAUUAAUGGUUGUUCUGUGUCUCGUGUCGUCGCUGCCCAAACCAGGGCUAUGAAGCAGGUGGCAGGUACCAUGAAGCUGGAAUGUCAGUAUCGUGAGGUUGCUGCUUUUGCCCAGUUCGGUUCUGACCUCGAUGCUGCCACUCAACAACUCUUGAGUCGUGGUGUGCGUUUGACUGAGUUGCUGAAGCAAGGACAAUAUUCUCCCAUGGCUAUUGAAGAACAAGUGGCUGUUAUCUAUGCAGGUGUAAAAGGAUAUCUUGAUAAAUUGGAGCCCAGCAAGAUCACAAAGUUUGAGAACGCUUUCUUGUCUCAUGUUGUCAGCCAGCACCAAAGCCUGUUGAGCACUAUCAAGGCUGAUGGAAAGAUCACAGAAGAGUCAGAUGCAAAGCUGAAAGAGAUUGUAACAAACUUCGUGGCUGGAUUUGAAGGAUAAACUCCUAUGGAUUUACAUCUGUUGCUAGUUUGGUUUGUCAUUAUUUCUUCUAGUAAAUCAGUUCCAUUUGUAAAAGUAUUACUGUCAAACUCCUGAUGUACAGAAAUCACGUUAAAAAUAAAAGUUCCAUAUUGUGUGGUAGA